GCCCCUCCGCUGGAGAGCCGCUCCGCGUGACCCGGGGCCACGUGACCCGCGCGGGGCGGGGCCGCCGGUACAGUUGCUGCAGCCGCGGCGGGAGGUGUCCGAGACAAGAUGAAGCUCAUCAUCCUGGACCAUUAUUCUCAGGCCAGCGAGUGGGCAGCCAAAUACAUCAGGAAUCGCAUCAUCCAGUUUAACCCAGGGCCAGACAAGUAUUUCACCCUGGGACUUCCCACUGGGAGCACCCCAAUUGGCUGCUACAAGAAGCUCAUUGAGUACUAUAAGAAUGGAGACCUGUCCUUCAGAUAUGUGAAGACCUUCAACAUGGACGAGUAUGUGGGCCUUCCUCGAGACCACCCGGAGAGUUACCACUCCUUCAUGUGGAACAACUUCUUCAAGCACAUUGACAUCCUCCCAGAAAACACCCACAUUCUGGAUGGGAAUGCACCUGACCUGCAGGCUGAGUGUGACACCUUUGAAGAGAAGAUCAGAGCUGCAGGGGGAAUUGAGCUGUUCGUUGGAGGCAUCGGCCCUGAUGGACACAUUGCCUUCAAUGAACCGGGCUCCAGUCUGGUGUCCAGAACCCGUGUGAAGACUCUGGCCAUGGACACCAUCCUGGCCAAUGCUAGGUUCUUUGAUGGUGAUCUCACCAAGGUGCCCACCAUGGCCCUGACAGUGGGUGUGGGCACUCUCAUGGAUGCUAGAGAGGUGAUGAUCCUCAUCACAGGUGCUCACAAGGCCUUUGCCCUAUACAAGGCCAUCGAGGAGGGAGUGAGCCACAUGUGGACCGUAUCCGCCUUCCAGCAGCAUCCCCGCACAGUGUUUGUGUGUGACGAGGACGCCACCCUGGAGCUGAAAGUGAAAACAGUCAAGUAUUUCAAAGGUUUAAUGCUUGUUCAUAACAAGUUGGUGGACCCCUUGUACAGUAUCAAAGAGAAAGAAACAGAGAAAAACCAGUCUUCCGAGAAACCAUACGGUGAUUAGCCUGUGUUCAUCCUAGCAUUGAGUACCUCUUUAGGACAGAGCAAUUCUGGAAAUGGCCUUUAGGAGGACAGAAUUGUAUUUCUUUAAUCCAGUAUGGUUACUCCAGAUCAAUGGGUAUACUUACUGUUCUUGGCUAUGUAGCACAGAGCCCAGUCAUGAGUGUAGCUACAGGGAGAAGGACUUGUUCUGUUAACUUACUUUAAUUAGAAAAAAAGUCUUAGAAAAAUGUACUCCAUAAUUUUGAUGUCUGCCCUACAGAGAUUACGGUUUUUUAGCUUUUGUUCUGCCUUAGGCACUGUUGUCCUGUACAACCACACUCCCAUCAGGAAUUUCUAUCAUUACAUACACUGAUUGUCAACUAGGGGUAGUAGAGCCUUUGAAAGCCCUUUGGGUAGUAGGCCAGCCUCUCAUUUGAGAAUCACUGUUCCAGAUUAAGGAACAAACUCUCAACCUUCUGUUUAGUUAUAAGUGCCAUGAAAAAAAAAUGAUUCCUUACUUUCUUUCCAUAGUUGUUGGUUUUUUUUUUCCUGCUCUCACAGUUGGCCUUUCCAUAAACUUGGAGGACUCCUUGGGGAGGAGGACCUGGGUGGCUAGGGCCAAAGAGAAAACUUUUGCUGAUAAACUCAGAGCCUCAAGGGGCCUAACCACAUCAAACUCCCCUCCCUCCGGGACCCUCUGGCACCUGGAGGAAGGUGGAAAUCCUCUUCCCACCAGAGCCCCAUGUUUUUGUUCCAAGGUCUCACUGGGGCAACAGAUCCUGCCACAGUGUCAGUGUGUUCUGCUAAGGAGAUAGAGGCCAGGGCAAUAGCUGUUAGGCCGAAAUUUAGUCACAACAUGAGUGACAUGUUCUCCUGCUGCCCUGAGAGGUGAGUGCCAAGACAGCAUACCAAAUGCUUCUAAAGUUGCCUAAUAAUAGCCUUUCCCCACUUAAAAUACCCUGCCCUUCCAACCCGCUCAGGUUCUUGUGGCAUGCUCUGCUGUUCCCAGAACAUCGGGAAAUACAGCCCUUUUGACCCUUUAUCCUUCACCCCUUGUUCACAACAUGAGUUUACUGCUCUGCCUUUUGACUCUCUUAAACCUUCGUGGAGUGGAUGCUGCCUUCCUCUCCCUGUUUCUGUGCCUGUUUGAAGCUGCUGCUUCCUCUCUGGAAAGAUCUUUCAGAGACCAGCUCAGGUCUCUCUUCAAGUGCUGUGUUUGGUACCAGUGUUUGGUCUUGAGCUUUUAUACCUGAUUGUGCUGUGAUUCUGUCUUAGGCUAAUGGAUCAAUGGACUUGUUUACAAUGUGAUAUUUUCUAUUAAAUCCAGUAUUUUCAAAUAAAA